CACGGGAAAUCCCCUGUCACACUUCUUCGUCCUUAACCCGACUUUUGGAAAUCAACGUCCUUUUGCCUCCGUUAUCUUUAAAUCAUUAUCAUCACCGAACAUUCUAGUUUUGCCGCGCCAUGGGCAACGAAAUCUUUGGCCACAGCUUCACCAACUCCUCCGAUCCUAACUGGGUUCCAGAACCGGGCACGCGAGGAACUUUCAGCAUUCUGUCCGUAUGUCUGGUCACUCUCGGCUUGUGUGUUUGGACGGCGAUACACUUGAAUGUGCCCGAGCACAAUGAACCUGGUUGGAAGCAGCUGAUGCGAAAGACUGGGUGGUUGAUGCUUAGUUUGUUGAGUCCUGAGAUUGACGUGCCAACAAAAGCAGUACCGGCUGGGCAGGUUGCCUAUACGGCCUAUCAGCAAUAUGGGCAGGCUUCGUUACUUGUCAGAACAAUGAAUAAGCAGAAAAAGAGGCACGACAGUGAUAGUGACUCGUCAUAUGGCUUGGACUUGCUUUUUGGCAGGAACUCGUUUUGCGAAAGUGAUUCACUCUGUCACGAUGACUCGCCAUCCCGCAAAAAGGGUAUCACAGACAUUAUGACGUCCUGGCUACCCUGUCUAUCACGACGCCUUAGAAACGACGAGGAGGAUCCUCCUUCAACCACAGUUCACACUGUUGAAAAGUGGACCAUGGUACAUGGAUUCCUGGCGGCCAUGGGAGGCAUUGCGAUAGAGAUUCGGGAUAAUGAUCCUGAAAUCAAUGUUGCAGACAGAAUCGCGAACUUCCUUCCAAUCCAGGAUAGUCAACGACAGCGCACGCGGCUCACAUUGACUCCAAAGGGGUUACAGUUCUUGAAGGAACAUGGCUAUGAAAAGCUGAUUCCUGAUCUGUCCGAGAACAGGAUAAAAGACAAAAGCAAAGCAAGCGCCUUCGCCAAAACACUUGUCUGCAUCCAAGCAUCCUGGUUUUGCAUCCAGUGCCUCACACGAUUUGCGCAAGGCUUAGCAAUCAGUCUCCUCGAGCUCAACACACUCGGUCAUGCAAUUUGUACAUUGUUUAUUUAUGCGUUAUGGUGGAAUAAACCCCUCGACAUCGUCGAGCCUGAAACGGUCUUGAUCCACCCCAGCACGAAGCGGUUGGACAAGAAGACCGCGGAAUUGGAUCAUCUCCACUUCGAUGACGAGAUGUUCACCUUUCCCCUCUAUCGCAGCACGGAAGGGUCUGGUCGUCAUUUUGAUUUGUCCGGACUGCCGUCGAAAAGAAUUCACUACGUUUACGGGCAAAUCCUGCUUGGUGUUGUACCAGUAGAAACCCCUAUACUCUACUUACACGUCAAACAAUCUUCUGCCCUCCUUGAAAAGGCCAGAUUACGUCCUCAGAAGCAUGAUGUUAUACGCACUAAAUCAGAAAACGAAAGGGAUAGAGAUUGGAGCGCUAUCGAACUACGACGAAUCCUACAACAUUCGGCCGAAGAAUUCAUCGUUUCUAGAUCAGUUAACGUAAGGGACAAAGAGAGCGCCAUCGAACUACAAACCCAACUACACACGCGAAAUUCAGCCGAAGAGAGACCUUCCAGCGCAUUCCGUUCCGAAGAUUAUUCGCCAAAUUCUGCAUCUACAGCUGAGAUGCUUUGUAUCGUUAUUCGGUACUCUGACAUCAUCAGAUGGCAAUUAACUCUCAAACACGCCCCGCAUCGUCAUAUGAUUCCGCCAAAAGACACGUUCACUGACCGGGUUCGCAACCUGCCCCGGUUUCAAGACUACGAUCAUAACAUUCCACUCUUCAUUGGAUUUGGAGUCGUAGGUCUCAUCUAUGGCGGGCUCCAUUGCGUGGCCUGGAACGCGCCGUUCACUACCAGCGUCGAACGGAUUCUCUGGAGGAUUUCGAGCAUCACCAUAGCCGCGACAGGUGUUUUGGUUGCUUGCGUGUUUUCUUGGACCAAGCUCCCGCCCUUCUGGCACGAACAAAGUCAUACAAUAUGGGAUAUUUACGAUUUUCUGGGUGACACUUCCAGAAAAGGCAGUCUUUUAGGCAUCAUUCUUUCAUGGUGCACCGGGGCUAAACUCGCUACAAUGCUGGAGAGGCUUGUUAAGCGACAACCCCUCUAUAAGAACAACAGGCUUGUCAAGGUACUCUGCGAUACGGCAUUGUGGGCGCUCCUUCUCCCUUAUGUUUUACUGUUACCUUUGACAAUACUUCUUCUUUACCUUCUCAAAGUCCUGCGCGACAUAUUCACAAUUUUAUUCAUGGUGCUUUACGUCCUGGCACGCAUAUACUUGGUCGUCAUCUCGUUCAUCAACCUCGCGCACUUACCGGACUCGGCAUAUCAGUUGCCUCAGUGGUCUCGACGAUGA